AUGCUCUCUCUGCUUCCAAUUGAACUAGAGGAGGAGGUGCUCUCUAGGGUUCCAGUGACAUGUCUGCGGAAACUGCGAUCGACCUGCAAAAAGUGGAACACUUUAACGAAAGGUGAGAGCUUUUGCUCUUUAAAGAGGAAGCAGAGGAAGCAGGGCACUGCGACUGAGGUGGUGAUGGUGCUGGAUUGUAGAGUCUCCUUGAUGAGCGUCCAUGUCGGUGAUCUCCUCAAUCCAACGAUGGAGCGUAUUGGUAAUCUCCGUGCAGCAGAUGGACUCAAAAUAUCCAAUAUCUUACACUGCGAGGGUUUCUACUUAUUAUGCAUCACCACCACCCAAGAGAAAACAGAGCUUCUUCUUUGGAACCCUCCUCUGGGGCAAGCGAGGUGGAUCGAACCCAGCAAAUCUCACCACGAAUAUGAGAAGUACGCUCUCGGAUACGGACACGACGAGGAGGACACGAAAGUCUUGAGAUUUGUGAGAGUGCGCCAGACCACACCUCGCAGGCCGAUAAUAGUUACGCAAAAUCUUUGCGAGUUUGAGGUGUACAGUCUAAAGUCCAAUUCAUGGAAGGUCGUUGAUGACAUCAUCUCUCCGGACUGGGAAAUUCCGCAUGGACACGGUUGCGUGUCUCUCAAGGGCAACAUUUACUGGUACGCUCACCAGGAGAUCUCAGUACAUUAUUCAGGACCGAUACCAAAAGAUAACCCCGAUUUCCUACUCUCGUUUGAUUUCAAAAGGGAGAGACUUGGACCGCGUCUGCCUCUGCCUUUCAACGGUUGCGUUAUAGACACUGUGACUCUUUCUAGUGUUAGAGAAGAGCAGCUUGCGGUGCUGUUUCUGACGUACGACGGUGCGGUUGGAUCCGUUAUCAAGAUAUGGAUUACUAAUAAGAUUGAGCCUGAUCAAGUCUCGUGGGGAAACUUGCUCUUAGCUUGUGUGAUCGAACGAGUGACUCGUCCUCCGUGGAUGAUGCAACACCCGUUGAGUUUCUUCGUUGACGAGGAUAACAAGGUCGCGGUGGUUCUUGAUAGAAUAAGAGGUCGCAGCCACUUUGCUUACGUGAUUGGGGAUAAUGGAUACCUUAAAACCCUGGAUCUUGGCCAAGCUAUGGACAUAACGAGUUUCCAAUUAUUGUGCCCUUAUCUUCCAAGCUCACUGCAAAUCCCCUAA